CCAUUUUGUUCAACCGGCGUGGCACGUAUAGAUCGUAUCAAAGCGCUGCACCACCAUGAAACGACUACUCAUACUAUGCAGUAGUGCUUACGCAUUCAUCAGACCGCCAGCGAUUUCGUCGUCGCGCGGUCCACUGCUGCAUGCUGCUACGCUGAGUGAGUUGGACCUCCAAUCGUGGUGCGAGAAUGCCGGAAUCAAUGCGGACAAACUCUCGUUCGACGGCGACAGCGCGACAGUGAAGCAGGACGUCGCUGCCCUCGAAGUGCUCGCACGCGUGCCGCGCUCGCUCACACUCAGCGCACCACGGAGGAAGGACUGGCCCGGGAAGCUUACAGCUGCAGCAAUCGAGGCCAUGGAAGAAGGCGGAGACUUGGGAAGCUGGGUGCGGUCAUGGCGCGGGGGAGGCUGGGCGACGUCGAGCGAUGAUCUCGAAGCUAGGGACAAAGAGACCGUCGAUUCGCUGCUCGCGACGGGCAGCGACAAUGAUUUCGAAAUUUUCAAGAAGUUCGGGAUGAAAUGCACGCGCCCGCGUCGGAAACCUCCUUCGCCUCACGCCAUCGAAACUCACGCGUCGACAACCACACAGGCCACCCGGCCGUCGAUCGCGCCGCCUACCGGCUCUCGGCACUGUGCCGCCACCGCAACGAAAAGGCGGCGCGCGCGGCGCUCGUCGAGCGAGGCUAUGCGUGGCGGGAGUGCAGAGAGGCGCUCAUUCCUCUGGUCCGAAAUCCGACGCGUACCGAAGGCACGGCUAGACGGCGGCGCGAGCUCGACGCGGCGGAGCUCUAUUCUCGGGCACUCUCUCGGGCCGCGCGCGUCGGUGACGAUAUUGUCGUUUGCCCUUUGUACGACACGCUGCGCGACGGCGCCGCCGGCGCGACGGCAACACUCGUCGAGGACCCCGGCGGCGACGACCUCCUCGUCGUCGCCUCGCGAGCGCUCGUGGCGGGCGACGCCAUCACGCGCGACUACGGCCGGGCGCCGAGCCUCGGCUUCAUCGACGGCUCCGACGCGGACCCGGGCAGCGAGAGCGAGGUCCUGCGGAGGCUGCUCCAGUUCGGCAGCUAUCCGCAGUGGUCCUCAUAA